AUGCCCCUGUCGUCCCACCGCGGAUGCCGGAAACUGAGCGUUCGGGCCGAGCCGAUCGAAGGACCGGACGACCGGUUCUACUACUUCCGCCAGCCAGCUCCCAAGGACCUCGGCGACGGAGACGCCGGACAGGUGACGCACUUCUUCACGCCCGACGGGGUGUUCAGCAUCAAGGACCGCCGGAGUCCGCGACGCGAGCCACGCGCGGCCCCGCCGCUGCGCCCAGCUGGGCACGAGGCCCUCGCGUCGCGGGACGGGCUCGCCGACGCCCCGCUCGACAGCCUGCUCCUCGGGGCCACCUUCAACCUCCAGGCGACCAACGGCCUGGACGUCGGCCGCCGGCUGCAGUACCAGGGCUUCUGUCGCUGCGUGGAGUCCCUGUACGACGCGGUGAGCCUGGCGGUGGCGCGGCGCGGCGGGGAGGUGGUGCUCGCGCGCACGGAGGUGCGGCCCGGGACGCUGAGCGAGCAGCUGCAGAUGACGGUCGCGGUGCCGCAGCUGUGGUUCGCGUCGCGCACCUCGCGCUGCCUGAAGGAGGCCAUCCUGGAGGGCGGCGGCCUCGUGGACCGCGUGCAGAGCCACUACUUCAUCGCGUGA